UUUUGUGUAACAACAUCAAUUAUUGACAUGACAGAUUAACUUUGUUUCGUUUAUUGUAUUUAAUUGUUUACCAAAUUAAGUGAUCCGUGAAUGUGAUUAAGGAAUUAAAUCAAAUUAAUCAAUAACCUUUUCCAUAAAUUACUUUUGGGUUUAAGUCUCUACACAAUUGUAUUUAUCAAUCAAUCAAAAUUAAUCAUCAUGACAACUUCCAGUAAUUAUGGUAAAAUCAAUGGAUCAACCAAAGGAAAUCGAUGUUCUUGUUGCCCUUAUGGUUGUCACGUUGACGUUGAAUUUGUUCAAUAUUGUGAAUCUUUAUUAGCUUCCUGGUAUAAUAAGCAACUUUCUUCCGCUUCGGCCUCAUCUAAAGGUUCAUUUUCACUAAAUCGUCCACCCAAAAGACGCAUAUUAACUUCAACAACCUCACUUCCCAAUGAUGAGGCUACUUAUCAAUGGUUAGUUGAUCAAAACACUGGACGUACUAAUGGACAUUCAAAAACCAUUAACAACAAUCAUUCAUUUCAUUACCAAUAUCCAUUAAAUAAUAAUAAUAAUAAUAACACAUCAUCACCAACCACUACAACAAAUGGACAUCAAUCGUUAAAUCUAAGCACAUCAUCAAAUUUCCUCUAUAGACUCCGUCCUGUUGGAAGAAGUAAUUCCUCCUCAAGAGUUCACGAUAUACUCAACCCACCAAGUCCAAUCGAUAAAUCAUUAACCGAUGCCGUUGAAUUAUUCGAGAAAGUUUUAAAAGAACACGAACAAGCAGCAUUUUCCUAUUCCGUUCCAAAUUCUCCUUCUCCAUACUUUAAUACACCAUCACCUUUACAAACAUCAACACCUACACGUCGAGCAUCAUUACCUCGUUACAUUGGAAACACCGAUCUAAUCAAUCCUAAUGGAAAUGUUAGCUCACCAAAUUCACCCAAUCCUGUUACAGGUUCAAAUCACCUAACCUUUGAAUCUCAAUCACCAGGAGUAACACCGACAGGCUAUUCAAAUAACAACAGUUACUCAUCAAAUAGUAACAACGUUAACCAUCAUAAUCACAAUGGUUCAAUCAAUAACAACAACAAAACUUUUCUCAAUCAUUUUCGUGAUCAAUUGCAAGUGAGCGUUCAAAAAAUGCGAGAUCUUGAACAGCAGGUAAAAAAUAUUCCUGUUUUAAAGCAACAAAUAGCACUUCUUCAAGCAGAGAGGAAAAGAUUAUUGGAAAAGGUUAAUGAUGAGAAACAAGAUGAUACUAAAAAAUUGGUUCAAAACUGUGAUUCAAUUAAUCCGAUUCAACGAUUGACCACUGAGGAGAUUUUCAAACAUGAGGUUGAUGUUAAUUUACCAUUAAAUAGUAAUCGUAUUGAAGAGCUUGAAAAAAAUGGUAUAAUUACACCUCCUCUAACCAGAAGAAAAUUUUUACUUUUUAAAACUAAUUCUAAUUUACCUGAUGAUCAAUCUCAGGUAUUAUUAUCUAAAAAGAAUGAGAAAAAUUCAUUUAAAUUGAAAAUGAAUCACUCACCUGUCAAUAAAUUGUCAUUGUCCAGCCGUGAUAGUACCACCCAAACUGAUACAAAUCAAUUGGUAUUAGAUAAACAGCAAAUUGAUAGUUCAGUUAACAAGCAGCAAUUAUCUUCAUCAUCACCAAGCUCAAUCAAAUCAAAGUCUUUCAAGCACAAUUUAAGUGUCAACAAUAAGGUUACAUGUGUCUCCAUAAGGCCAUCGACAUUAACUCUUACAAAUUCAUUAUCAUCUUCAUCAUCCCAACAAAGUGCAACAGUCGAAUCACAUUUACCAGGUAGAUUAACAACAACACCUACACACAAUUUAACACCAAUUUUUGAUGAUUUACCUUCACCUAAAACCUUUAGAUCAAUUGGUAUAUCAGUUAACAUUGCACCUACUCUACCACGUCGAUCUUUAGUAAGUUUAAGGGAAAGUGAUCUAAAAAAGGUACAAUCCAAUGACGAGAAUAAACAACAACAAGAUCAAUAUCAACAACAAGUUUCAUCUUUAACGCCAACGGCAUUAACAACAUUACCGUCCUUAUCUGCUCUACCCAAUCCGCCACUCCUAACAUCCCGAGGCACAAAUCCAAUGCCACUAGAUCGUAGUGAAGCGAUAACACAAGCUACACCAAGAACCUUACACGCCUCUGUAGGUACAGAUCAUUUUCACCUUCACGAUGUAGGAAUCAAUUUCGAUUAUCGGAAAGAUUUACAUAUCCGGGACUUCAAUCGAUCAAAUCAAACUGACUCUCUUAGAACUCAAGACGCAAUUGUCCAAGUUAAUGGAAAGUGUUCUAACUGUGAAUUAAAACAAAUGGAAACUGUUGGUGUUGGAAGUGGACCAAUUUAUUUACCCUCAGAAUCUAUUGGGAUAACAAAUGCUUCUGAGGUUGGUGUUAAUACUGAAAUCUACAACAAUCAUGGCGGUGUUAAUACUCGAAUGGUUGAUUCAAUGAUUUCCUCAAUAUCAUCAAUGGCGAGUAGUAUUCAGUCAAUUAAAUUAUGUGAUAAAUGUAAUGAAACAAUUACAUCUCUUGCUCGGGAAGUUGUAAUCAACAAGGAUAAACAGAUUCCAAGCCCUGGAAUCGGUUCUCGUAUUCCUAGACUUUCUGCCUCAUUACCUCCACUACCACCAACACAACAACAACACCAACAGUCAAGCUCAAUGCCAUUAACAACUACAGUAGUUACGGAAACAACAUCAUCAACAACCGAGGGAGCAACAACAACAACCAACAUUUUACCAACUACUACCACAAUAAAAUCAACUAAUCUUGCAAAUAAGAUAAUCAUUGAAGAGGGAAAUGAUGAUGAAAUACUUGUUUUUAGGGAUCCUAAUGCCAGUUUAGGAUCACGAAAACAUCGAUCUAAUUUUCCGUCUAUGAUGACACCGCAAGUUGACCUGGAGGGAAUCCGUUUAUUAGAUGAAGCGUGUAAAAUAACAGACUCGGAAGAAUCGGAAGAUGAUGAUGAUGAUGAUGAUGAUGACCCUGAAUCGUUUUCAUCAAUUGAAGGUACUUACAUCCUUGACGAAGGUGUUAUUGUACCUGGUGGUCGACGUCAAGUCCAAAAUAGUACCAAAAAUCAUAAUAAUAACGUUGAUGCUACAAAUAAUAUAAACAAUGUUCGUCUCAAAAAAAUAAUCGAACCAAGCAAAGAACUUCGAGCAGCAUUAAAGGUUCUAAAUGAUAGUUUACUAAAACCCGAUCUAUCAAACAAACCAGCAACGGCGAAAAGUAUACAAAUCAUUGAGAAAGAAUGGUUUUCAAUUGCAGCAUGUAAAGAUUCUGAUCCAUUGUCUAUCGAGAAAUAUCUUGAUUGUUUCGAAUCUUUUUCGACUCAUCUUUUGAAUAAGAUCGUUAAUUUAACCGAUUCCAGCGGUAACACGGCCAUGCACUAUGCGAUUUCCCAUUCAAAUUUCGACGUUGUUUCCGUUCUGUUGGACUCCAAGGUCUGUGAUGUCAACAAACAAAACAAGGCUGGUUACACGGCGAUCAUGUUGGUUUCUACUGCUCGAGUGUCCAAUGAUACACACAAGGAAGUAAUCAAACGGUUGUUCAAUCUUGGUGAUGUUAAUAUAAGAGCUAAACAGAAUGGACAAACCGCUUUAAUGUUAGCCUCAAGUCACGGCCAGUUUUCCACAUGUAAAUUACUUCUAGAAGCUGGAGCCGCUCUUAAUGUCCAAGAUAACGAUGGUUCAACGGCCUUAAUGUGUGCAACUGAACAUGGACAAAUUGAAAUCGUUAAAUUAUUACUAUCACAUCCUGAUUGUGAUCCAACGAUUUCUGAUAAUGAUAAAGCGACCGCAAUGACCAUCGCCAUGGAGUGUGGCCGUAAAGAUAUCGCCGUGUUACUUUACGCAAGUAGUAACAUGUUGAGCCGAGGCUCAUCUCCAUAUGCUUCCCUUAGAAGAUCAUCAUCCAAGGCGAUUACCACGCAAUUACAACGAACCGGAUCAUUUAAUUCACGAUCAAAUCAUCAAGCGUUUAAUCAACGAAACUUAUCACUGGCUCCUUCCCCACCGACACGUUCCCGUACCUCCUCCGUUACCACAACAACGACAUCAACUACUAAUCAACAUCGACGAACCAAAAAGUGACUUACCAAGGAAAACAAAACGACAACAAUUAACUAACAAUAAAAAACUUGCAAUCCUGAAAAUAAAAGUAAACACGGAAAUCGAGACACAAUCAAAAGCUUAAUUGUUGCACAAAACCGGAUAAAAUAUCAAAUUAAUAAAUUACCGAGUUUGUUUGAUUAAGUGUCAUUAGUAUUAUUGUUAUGGUGCUAAAAAUGAUUACCUUUUUAAACUAUUGUUAUAUAAAAAAAAAAUGGUUGAUUGUUAAUCACCCAGUUAAUUGGACAUGAAAAUAGUUCAAUCAUCAAUAUUUGUUAAAUAACAAUCAACUAAAUUGGAUUAUGAUUAACCUUUUGCCAUUUGUGUAUGUUUAUUUGGCAAUUACAAAAUGUUAAUCACAAUUAACUAGUCGGAAUUUAAUCAUUCCUAUUCAAUUGUAUCAUCACCGCUAAUUGUAUUCAUCAAGGUCCAACAAUCAACAAACCCAAAAUAAUCAAAUGGGUUUUUAUUAACCUUGAUUUUGUUUCUUCCUCUUCAAGACACAAUCAUUGACAAUCAACAAUCAACCCAACCUAUUAAAUUAUUUCACCUUGCUUCAAAUUGUAAGAGUUAAUUGUUAAUGACAAUCAUCAUUAACAAUUAACACCAUUGAUAAUACAACAAAAUUUUCAUCUAGGAAACACCAACAAAAACUUUUAUUGUACAAGAAUUAACCUUCUUAUCACUUGAUUAUUAAGAACAACAAUUAGGUUAAUUGUAUGUUUCUCUUGAUUCAAUGUUACCUCCCUUUACCUUAUCCUUAAUUGUAAUCAAUAACAUCAACAACAAAGUCUUUCUUUCAAUUGUUAACAAUCAACAUUUUUCUGUAGAUUAAUUAUCAUCAAGUAAUAUAAUAUAUAAUUAAAGAGCUUGAAAAUCAAAAUCAA